UUAGACUUUCACUUCAGGAAAGAGACACUCUUAAACUUCAGAGCGCACAGUCUUUAACCAACCAACUGACCUGCAGCCAAACGACCAGAAAACUGAAGAUUUCUCCACAUUUAUCUAAAAUUACUACAAGCCAGCCUGCUGAGCACUGCUCCCAACUCCUCAACUUCUCAACUCAACUCCUCUACUGUAACUAUCUAACGGGACACACGAGGAGACCCAGCUCAGCUCAAAGCCAGAAUGCAAGGAUCGUUGGUGAGAGAUGGGUCGAGCGUUGGGCGAUUUCACCGUGUCAGCACCAGUAACGGGCAGGCGGGGCCGGAGAAGGAGGAGGGGGCGGCGGCUGUGAAGGUAAAGCCGGAGGGAAAAUGCCGCCGCUGGUUUCGGAGGGCUUGCCCGUGUUGCUGCAGACGGCAGAGCAGCACGUACGAGGUCACUUAUGAAGUGGACGGAGCUAAAGACACUGAGACCCCGGUGAUUACCCCUGAACCCCCCAGCCCCCAGCCCCACACAGGAGAUAAAGAGCAGGAGGACCUGCCCUUGACUGUGCGUUCCUUGGAUCUGCUCAGCUUGAAAACGGGUCAGAACCGUAAGGAGCAUCACACUGAUCAGUACCACAGCAGCGGCCUCGUCGUCCGGCGCGGACAGACCUUUCAGAUAGAGCUCGACCUCUCACGACCCUUUAACCUCAACACUGACAAACUACAUCUGGAGCUGAAGACAGGGCCGCUCCCGCUGGUGUCGAAGGGCACGCACAUCAUCAUCCCUCUGGUGGAGGAGCUGCAGGACCUGUGCUGGGAGGCCAAGAUCGUAGAACAGAACAGCAAUCGGAUCAAACUCUCCGUCAACUCCUCGCCGAAAGCCGUCGUCGGCCAGUACGCGCUCACCAUCACCACCUGGUGUCCGAAGAGCGAAGCUGUCACCACGUACGACCCUGAAAAACACAUCUACAUGCUCUUCAACCCCUGGUGUGAAGAGGAUACAGUGUUUAUGGAUGAUGAAGAUGAGAAGAAGGAGUAUGUGCUGAACGAUACAGGGAGGAUCUACUACGGCACUGAGAGGCAGAUCGGCGCUCGAACCUGGAACUUUGGACAGUUUGAUGAAGGUAUACUGGAGGCCUGUCUGUAUCUGCUGGAGAAGAGUGAUAUCCUCCCAUCUGGUCGAGGAGAUCCGGUUAAUGUAGUACGAGUUAUUUCUGCUAUGAUUAAUUCCCCAGAUGACCGCGGCGUGCUGGAGGGGAACUGGUCUGGGAACUAUGUGGGCGGGACGGCCCCCACGGCCUGGAGCGGCAGCGUGGACAUCCUGAAGAGAUACCACAGAGAGGGCGGAGUCCCGGUCAAAUACGGACAGUGCUGGGUCUUCUCUGGUAUCACUACUACAGUAUUGAGGUGUCUGGGUAUUCCUGCCCGCAGUGUGACAAAUUUCCAGUCUGCUCAUGAUACAGAUGUCUCACUAACCACUGACGUUUACUUUGAUGAGGACAUGAAUCCAAUGAACUCUCUGAACUCAGACUCAGUGUGGAACUUCCAUGUCUGGAACGACUGCUGGAUGGCUCGUCCUGAUCUGCCGCCCGGUAUGGGGGGAUGGCAGGCUGUUGACUCGACCCCCCAGGAAACCAGCCAGGGAACGUUCCGCUGUGGCCCCGCCUCCAUCGCGGCUAUUCGCUCGGGGCAGGUGUACUUAAAACAUGACACACCUUUUGUGUUUGCUGAGGUGAACAGUGAUAAGAUCUACUGGCAGAGGAACCUGGAUGGCACCUUCAGUCAGAUCCACAGUGAGAAGAACGUGGUGGGGCGAGCCAUCAGCACCAAGGCUGUUGGCUCAGAUCAGCGGCUCGACAUCACACACCUGUACAAACAUGCUGAAGGUUCAGAGGAGGAACGCAUUGCCGUGGAGACCGCAUGCCGCUACGGCAGCAAGCCGGAAGCCUACUCGUCUCCAGUAGCGGAGGACGUGAAUGUGGAGGUGAAAGUGGAUGGAGAUGGGCUGAGUAUGGGUGGAGAUGCCGUACUGAAGUUUGUGGUGAAGAACCAGAGCGAUCAGCUCCGCAAGACCACCCUCAACAGCCAGGUGGCGGUCAUGUACUACACCGGCGUGCUGAAGGGCACGGUGAAGGCCGAGAAGCUGCCUAUUGAGCUGAAACCCAAUGAAGAGAAAGUCAUAGACUGGGUCCUGCCCUACCAACUCUACAAGGACCAUCUGGUGGACCAGGCCGCCCUGAUGCUCACGCUCUCCGGCAGAGUCAAUGAGACCAAGCAGGUGCUCGCCUCUCAGACCAGCUUCAGGCUUCGCACUCCAGAUAUCAGCAUUGAGCCUGUGGGAGAGGCCUACGUGGGUAAAGAAGCUUCAGCUAAGCUCACCUUCACCAACCCUCUGCCGUGCACCCUCCGCAACGUGGUGGUUCGAGUGGAGGGCCUGGGACUGAGGAACCUCCAUCCCAUCAACGUUGGUGAUGUGAUCAGACACGCUACAGUGACGGUGACCGAGCACUUCAUCCCCUCUCUGGCUGGAACGAGGAAGCUGGUGGCCUCUCUGGACUGCAAACAGCUCAGCCAAGUGCACGGCGUGGCUGACAUCAUCGUGCAAGAGAGUCAGUGAAGACUCGGCUCUCGGCUUCGAAUGGACUUAUCUUCUUUUAAAACAGUGACUGUAGAAAAACGUCUCUUUCUGUUCUAUAGAAAUGAAGACAAAAUUGUCUGCUGUGUCUGUGCUUUUUAGAGACAAGAUAAAGAGCCAGACUUGUCUAUUCGUUUGGUAGCUGCAUCCCCUUCCCAAGACCAAGCCAACCCAAGUGUCUCAGACUGCCUUCAUUGAGUUUAAAUGAACAGAUUUUUCCACUUGUAGUUCCACCAGUUGGUCCAGUUUGACUCUUCCUGCUAAAUUUGUCAACCAUUUUUCAUUUCAAAGUGCAACCCCAGCUUUUUAAGAGAAUAUAGCAAAAUUAUAAGGUUUUAAAAGCUUAAUUCUGUGGGAAAAUGCAAAACGCAAAAACGACCAAUUGGAAUUAGACACUAGAGAUGAAAAAACAUGAAAAAUGGAAUGGAAAAUGGGCGGUCUUGUCUAUAAAACAUGGAAAUAUCAAACGUUUAGGGAUAGGAGGAGCUACAUGUCAUACUACAACAGCUACAACAUCUACUAGACCUAUGGUUGCUUCACUUUUAAGAGACUUAGUGCAAAAUUAGCUGUCCAUGUUUUUCUACAGUCAUUGCUUUCAACACAACGUGAUCUUGUAGAAAGAAACACAGUGGCCACUUUAUCAGAAACAGCUGGAGACUAUUCUCAACCCAUAAACUAGACUGGCACCAGAGCUCCAACAAACUCCAUGGCAUUAUAAUGUCUCAAAUAGAUGAUCUCUAAUACAGUCUAGUAUAUCAUACAGUCACCUACCUGUAGUUCACCUCUAUGACAGGUGUUUCUGAUAAAAUGGCCAAUGAAUGUAGGUACAUGGUGAGCACCCAAUAUGCUGGAAACUCUAUACCAGUCUAUAUACUGAGUUAUUAAGCUGGUUAAUGAGGUUGUGUCUGUUCCCAAAGAGAAGGACGUGGUGCUCACCCUCACAAAACUGGUUGGUGCUGUAUAAUAUAUAAAUAAAAAAUAUAUUUUUACAUCUACUGACAUCUGGUAGGAGGAUGGCAAUGGUUAUAACUGGGCAACACCCAUAUAUGCAAUAGUAUGAAUAGUAUCUGAAUGAAAAAGUAAUUGAGGGUGAGAACUACUGGACUACUACACUCACCAAGCACCUUAUUAGGACUACAAGUUUACACUUAAACACUUUACAUUUGUGUAAUUAUCUGAUUUCAGCCAAUCAUGUGUAGAAACAUAAAAUCCUAUUAUUCUGUUUACAUCAACCAACAGAAUUGGAAAAAAUUGAUUUUAGUGAUUUAGAAAAUGGCAUAAUUGUUGGUGUCAGAAGGGGCUGGUAGAGUUGACUCAAAAAAGCCUAGUUAAAUGCCAUAAACAGACUUCUUAAGUGUCUUGGAAGUUGUGUUAGUCAUAUCAAUAUAUCAGUAACGCAUAUUAAUAACUUCUCUCUGAUACCUGCAAGUCAAAUAAAAUCUCUCAGAAUCCCGGAAACGUGAA